AUGCAGUCCCAGCAUCACAAGGCUAAGCCAGCAAUACGAAAGCACAUCUUGUGUUCGCUUUCUAUCACAGAACUGUAUUCAGUUCAGUCCUCAAAGACAUUUUUAAGAAGUGCAGGGCCAGGAGACAGUAGCUUAAAAAUAGUGGGAUCUAUCGUAUUUCCAGUCAAAGUUUAUGUCAAGCUGAAUCAAAACAGUCCACGUAUUUUGUGUGUAACAAAUCGUCUGAGAAACUCAGAACUGAUUGAUCCAGUAUCCCAGUGGCAUGGACCAAGUGGUAAUAUUCUUUCAGAAAAUAGCAGUGUGAAAAUAUCACCAACAGGAACUUUAAUAUUUAGACAUUUCAAAUCCAGCCAGAGUGGAGUUUACGCUUGUUCCCUCGUUUAUAAGCUAACAGCAGAGCAACCUGUUAAAAACCUCAUAAUGAAAUACCUUAUUUAUGCUUAUUCCGAUCCUAAUUAUUACUAUGAGUUUACAGUCCGGUAUCAUGCAGCCCCUUGCAACAGUAUUUACAAUUCUUCUUUUGAGAAAACAUUGCUUCAGUUGCUAAGCCAACUUGUUGCUGAACUUUCUUGUGAGGUUACAUUAAUUAAGUCAGAAUGUCAUCAUGUAAAAAUGCAGAGAGCAGGUCUACAGAAUGAAAUCUUCUUUACAUUUUCAGUUGCUUCAUUAGACAAAGAACAAAACAACAGACCAUGUCAGCAAAGCACUUGUGACACAUCUGAAAGAUUAAGCAAGGCAAGAUACCUCAUAGAGAAUUUUUUUAAGCAACAAGCAGAAAUUACAAGGAACGGUUCUGAACCACUGCCUGAAAUAUACUACAUUGAAGGUACUCUGCAAAUGGUAUGGGUUGAUCGCUGCUAUCCAGGAUAUGGAAUGAAUCCUGUAAGACAUCCUGACUGCCCAGAUUGUUGCGUUGUCUGCAGCCCAGGAUCAUACAAUCCCAGUAACGGAAUUCACUGUCUUCCGUGCAACAAGAGUUUCACAUAUGGAGCAACAGAGUGUCAACAGCUGUGAUAUUUGCACUCUUGUAGUAGCUCAGAUGUAUUUUAAUGUGAUAAAAUUAAUAAACAUUUUUA